AAAUUCUUUUAGGCAUUUGUCAUAUUCUACCUGGGCCAUUCUUGUCAAGUGAAAUUGUUAUUUGAAACUUUAUUAGGUGCAACAAACUAUGUAAUGUUAGUAAGUUGGAACCACAAAUAAGAAUGGUCAAGAAGAAUAUAGUCAUAUUUUACUUUUAAUGGUAUUCUUGUAUUAUUCUUUCAUGCACGUCAUUAAAGACUUGUGGACGAAUAACAAUGAUGCGCAAAUACAGCUAUUUAGCUGUGGAACACACAGCUUCUAGUUUCGGCUGAAAGCUCGAACAAAAUCUUGAUCUUCUGGGAUUUAAGUGAAGUUACGCGUGUCUCCGAGGCGGUUAGUAAAGUUAAAAAAAUCACGUGAAAUAUCACGUUAUCUUCGGGUAAAAACUGCAUAAUCACGCGAAAACUCACAUGGUACCUGCUACUUUUCCCCAAUCAAAUGAUUUUGCCAUAAAACCGGCCAAUCAGCGUCCAUGUGCUCGAAUACUCCUCCUCAAUCCUCAAAUGCUGUACCACGAUGCCGCGCAGUACUGGUUGCAAACUGGUUGGAAGUAGUAAAGUAAAACUUUGAUUGUAAAAAGAUGUCGUCAGAACAGAAAACACCAAAAAAACGUCUUGAUAAUUCUAUUGUUGGGUAUGUUACGAAUGUAUCACCAAUUAAAACUGCUAAAAACAAUCCAAAGAGGAAAUACUUUGAUUUCCUUCUAAACACAGAGGACAAAAUGGAACGAACAGUUUGUUUUUCCCCUGAAAAACAUAAACUGGUAUCAGAAGUUCACAAAGAUCUCACUGGAUGUGAAAUAAAAAAAUACAAAAGGAGCGACACUAAUGACAUCAUUAUAACAGAUUUUUCAUCUGUGAAAAAGCUUGCUCCAUCUUUUGAACUGCAGACCCCUGAAGUUGUUCUCAAAACUAUUCCAGCAAUUCUUAAUGAAUCGAUGCUGUAUGAAAUCGUAAACACAAAAGCAUAUCUAUAUGAACUGAGUGAAACUAAGGCGCUGACAGACAAGAAUGGAAAAAAUAUGUCAUAUCGCAAUGCCAUUCUUAUUGACGAAACAAGCGAAAAACUGCCAAUCACGUUUUAUAAUGAACAAUGUGGGCAAGUGAAAAACAAGGAAACAUAUAUUUUAACAGAACUAAGGGUAUCAAAAUAUAUGAACAAUCGGUUCUUGAAAGCCACCCCAUUCACCAAACUAAGAACUGUGGAUCCAUUAGAAAUAAACGACGAAGCAGUAACAGUAACAGAUUGUACUUCACAUUUCAUCAUAACUAGUGUAGAUUUAAAAAGUUUUUCAGAAAAAUUCCAGUGUCCUUCAUGCAAAUCCAAUGACCUUGAAGUUGAGAAGGACUAUACCAUAUGCAAUAAUUGUUGCACCAUGACAGAUGCCUCGCAGUGUCGAAAGCACUCCAACAUUGGUUUUACUGCAGAAGGCGAUACUGGCAAACUUGUCUUAGAUUGUUCACCUAGCUUGUUGGAGAAGUGUUUUGGCAUUCCGUGUUGCAAAAAGAUUCCACUAGCCAAAAAAAUGAUCAAGGCAAAUGUUAUAGUUAAGUUUGAUCAGCGGGAUAACUCGAUAAUUGAGAUAAGGCUAAAAGAGGAUAACUCCAUUAAGAUGUGCCUAAAAGAAAAAGAGCAAGACAAUGUGACAUCACAAAAUUUUAUUAGUGAAGAAGAAGAAAUGGUAUUACUCGACGGGAAAAACGAUGAGGAAGAUUGACUUACUUAUUCAACUGAACUAUCAUGUUUUUUGUUAUGUUAUGCUUGCUUAAAUGUUAUGCUUGCUUGAACUAAUUUAAAAAGUUAUAUUUUUUGUUUGUUUACAUUUUGUUCUGAUAUUUCUUAUUGACAUUUCAGUUUAUAAUUUUUUACUCAGCUUGCUGCAGUCCACAAAAAUUGCUCCAUAGAAAUUUAUCACGUUCUGUUUGUUGUUUGUUUUGUUUUACUGAACUCUUUUAUCAUUGUUUUAAAGUACGUGUUCAUAAUUUGAUAUGCUUACAUAUUUCCUACAAAAAUUAAUAUAAGACAAAUGAUACGAGAUAACAUGGGGAUCAUUUAUUUAAAUACAUAUUCGGACAUUAUUAUGUUAAUGUAUUGUUUUUAUGCUGGUUAGUCAGAUUUCCUUGGCAAGUAAUAAAACAAUGGUUAAGGACUUCUUUUUGGUACCGUGUAUUCGAAUCUGAAUGCUCUAACAACACUCUUUCCCAUUUCUUGGUAUUUUAUUAAACUCAUUCACUUACUACAUUUUUGCUCAAUUAUUUUCCUUGGUGAAACUCUUGCAGCGAAAAACCAUUUUGAAUAAUUUACAUUUAUCUCUUUAAUAAUAGCCGUAUUCUGUCUGUUCAAAAGGGUUACCGCGUCCCGUAACGGAAACACGAAAUGUGAUAUAUAAAGGACGGGCGACCCCGUGGAUUUUUCCACGGUCUAACGACUUCUAUAUUAUAAUGCCCGUAUACGUCUGUCCGUCCGUCUGUCUGUCUGUCACGCAAAAUGGUAGCUUAGCUGCGACGGGCGAACCCGUGGAUUUUUCCACGGGCUAACGACUAGUUUAAAAAAAAACAUAAGGCGAACUAAUUAUGCAGAAAACCUAUAACAGUUAAUAUUUUACAGAACGCAUUUUAUGAUUCGUUUCAACCUAGAGGUAACGCGGGAAUGUAUUAUAAUUGUUAAUGCAAGCCCCUAAUCUGGCAUAAGCAAAACUAGCACCCAGUUCUUAAAAUUCCCAGCAAUUUAUUCCCCUAGGUUUUUCGCUUUCUUGAUAUGCGUGCUGGCGCGGUUCGCCUAAAGUCACUGUUGUAGGAAUCCGCCGUGUUCGCAGGACUUUUCAAAAUUGGAAC